AUGACAAAGGAUUAUCAAGACAGCAAAUCAUGUCGUCAAGAAGUGAUGUACGCAAAAGAUUCGCUGAAGAAACGGUUUAUUCCCGUAUACGUUAAACGAGAUUUUGUGGCUAGUGGCUGGUUAGGUGUACGCAUUGUCGGUCCACAAUACAUUCGUUUUGGCAAAAAAACUUUUGAAGAAACGAUCAAAGAUCUCGUGAAACUUGUUUUCGAGGAUAAGAACGAGAAAAACUCAAAAAGCAAGGAUUCUAAAGUGCCGAUAACUGCUCCAUCUGUUGAAAACAAGUCUGAUGAGAAUAACAAGCCGAAUCAAGAAUUACCAAAAGAUGAUCAUGAGAAUCCUAAUCAAUCCAAUCAUGGGAUAACUCAAGUAUCUUUACCUAAGUCUAAACCAAUUAAAAAAUGGAACUCUAAAGAUAUCGCUGAUUGGUUUGAUGCUAAUAAAGUUAGUUGUGAACUAAGAGAAAUGUAUAAUUUUCAAUGCGGUACCGAACUACUUCUCUAUGGACAGUGUCUUCGACCAGACUGGCAAUCUGAAUACAUUGAUAUACGAGAACAAUUCUCAAAACGAUACAAUGCAUCAUUAUAUCGCAACGAAUUCGUUCGCUUUGUCACUGCAAUCAAUCAACUGGAACAGUUGCAGACAAAACCAGCCUCAAGUACAUGUACAAUUCUAUGA